AUGAGCGAUUCAACCAAGGAGGCAGUGAUGGAAUCAUCAUCGUCGUCCUCAUCUCGGAUUAAGAGUCGGAAGAUUUCAGAUGGCACCAAGCUUCCGAUGGAUCUGAUCAUGGAGAUACUCAAACGCUUACAGGCGGAAACCCUAGUGAACUUGUGCGAAUCGAAGCCCUUGGCAUCAAUCAUACGCGACCGUCAUUUCAAGAAACUGUUCCUCACCCACUCUUCUUCUCGACCAGGUCGUCUCUUCUUCUUCAAACCUGAAGAUGAUUGUUUAUUAUUCUCCGCGCGGCUUCCAUCCCAAAAGCCCUCAGUUGAAGAAGAAGCCUUAUCUGUAGCUACCUACCAUAGGUUACAUCAUUCACUUGGAGGCAAAAUCAACCUAUCCUGCCUUCACUGUUUGAUUUGCUAUAACUAUUAUCAGUUUUCUCGUUCUGGACUUAAGGUAUACAAUUCCAGCACCCGUGGAUCCACCACAUUGCCUGCUUUCGAUGAACCAAGACACAUUUUCAAGCACAUGUUGGGUUAUGAUCCCGUCGAUGGUGUUUACAAAGUCUUGUGUAUGAACUCAAGGGUUGCUCUGGAAAUGCCCCGACUAGAACCUGAGCGUUUCUUUGAGGUUUUGACAUUGGGAGAUGAUCUUCCCAGCUGA